AUGCUGGGCGGGCUUUCGGAUACCUCUGGCUACUUGGACGAUGUUAUCGUCGGAGGCAAGAAUGCUGAAGAGCACCAACGAAAUCUGCACACCGUUUUACAGCGGAUUCAAGAGUACGGUUUCACCAUACGUCCUGAGAAGUGCUCAUUUGCGAAGCCACAGAUUCGGUACUUGGGAUUUCUGUUAGAUCGUCAUGGCAUCCGCCCGGAUCCAGCAAAAAUUGCAGCCAUCAAGAAUAUGGCGCCACCACAGGACUUGACCGGAGUGCGUUCCUUCCUGGGGGCAAUAAACUAUUACGGGAAGUUCGUCCCAAGCAUGAGAACUAUCCGUUAUCCGUUGGAUGAACUUCUCAAGAGCAGCACAUCAUUCAUCUGGACUCCGGAAUGCCAGCAGACGUUCGACAAAUUCAAGGAAAUAUUGUCCUCCGAACUCCUGCUCACCCAUUACAACCCGGAACAGGAAAUUAUAGUAUCAGCCGACGCAUCAUCAGUCGGAGUAGGAGCAACGAUAAGCCAUAAAUUUCCUGACGGCAAGGUCAAGGUUAUCCAGCAUGCUUCUCGGGCACUCAACGCUGCCGAACAACGAUACUCCCAGCCGGAUCGUGAAGGUCUUGCGAUAGUGUUUGCGGUAACCAAAUACCAUAAGUUCAUAUUUGGAAGGAGGUUCCAGCUUCAAACAGACCAUGCACCGCUUCUACGUAUUUUCGGGUCCAAAAAAGGGAUACCGGUUUACACGGCCAACCGGCUCCAACGUUGGGCCUUAACAUUGCUUAAUUAUGACUUUUCCAUGGAAUACGUCCCGACCGACAAAUUUGGAAAUGCUGACGUGUUGUCCAGGCUCAUCAACCAUCAUGCCAAGCCGGACGAGGAUUUCGUCGUAGCGUGCACCAACUUAGAAGAUGAUUUGAGGUCAGUAGCGAUAAGUAGCGUCAGUUGUUUACCUCUCAGUUUCAGUAUGGUACAACAAGCAACCAAAACCGAUCCAGUACUGCGGAAGAUUUACCGUUUCAUCCGAGACGGGUGGCCAACAUCCAAGUCUGAAACGCAAGACAUUGAGCUGCGAAGAUUCCAUGAUCGUCAAGAGGGAUUAUCGAUCGUCCAGGAUUGCAUCAUGUUCGGGGACAGGUUGGUGAUCCCCUCCAUUUACCGAAAAAGGUGCUUGGCUCAACUCCACAAGGGCCAUCCAGGGAUGCAUCGAAUGAAAGCAGUCGCACGCAGCUAUGUGUACUGGCCGGGAUUGGAUGAGGAGAUAGCCAGUUUCGUCAGAUCUUGUCCACACUGCGCAGCAGCAGCACGGUCUCCUCCGAAGGCGAAUCCUGUACCGUGGCCAUUACCCACCGCUCCGUGGCAGCGUGUUCACGCUGACUAUGCGGGUCCGCUUGAUGGGGAAUUCUACCUCAUUGUCGUCGACGCUUACAGCAAAUGGCCGGAAAUCUUUGCAACCCGGCAAAUUACGACGAAAGCAACUACCAACUUACUGCGUCCGCUCUUCGCCAACAAGGGAAUGCCGGAACUUCUGGUUACAGACAACGGCACCCAAUUCAAAAGCGAGGAGUUUAGCCAAUAUUGCCGUGAAAACGGAAUACAGCAUGUCACUACUGCGCCCUUCCAUCCGCAAUCUAACGGCCAGGCCGAAAGAUUCGUCGACACUUUUAAACGUGCAGUCCGUAAAAUUCAGGAGGGAAAAGGCAACAUAAAGCAGGCUCUGGAUGUUUUCCUUCUCACGUACCGUACUACACCAAACGCAAACGUGUCAGAUGGGAGAUCACCCGCCGAAGCCAUGUACAAUCGACCGUUGCGGACAUCCAUGGAUCUGCUACGAGCGCCGCGUGAACAGAUGCCAGCAAUUUGCACCGAAGCUACUUCAAGUCAACCGAGAACUUUCACAGCAAAGGAUCCUGUAUACGCUAAGGUCUACGCGAACAAUAAGUGGACUUGGGUAUCGGGCAUCAUAGUCGAGAAGAUAGGCAAGGUGAUGUACAAUGUCCGGUUUAACAAAAAGAUAAUUCGAUCCCACAUCAAUCAACUGAGGGCACGAGCAGCAUCAGAACCGGAUGCUGAGCAGAUGACUCAAUUGAAGAAGCAGCUACCAAUCAACAUCCUGUUGAAUGAGUGGAAGUUGUCUUGUCCUGCAUCACCUGCUGGGUUGGCAGCUACAUCACCACUGCUGGAACAGCAUGUCAAUCCGUCAUCAACAACGUCACCAGCGGAUAUGCCCUUGCCAUUCCCAGCAUUCUGUAGAAUAAAGUCAUCAUCAUCUUCGUCUUCAAAUUCAGCGGACUUCCAAUCCGCAAACGACUCGUCUCCUGCAAUCAAGGUACCUAGGCGCUCUUCUCGCAAUCGAAGGCCGCCUCAAUGGUUCCAGACAUACCACAGGUAUUAA